AUGGUGGCGCCUCCGUUCGCCGCUGCGCCGUCCGCCCCGCUGGUCGUCCGCCGCGAGAAGCGCAGGAGGAGGAAGGCUGCCGACCCGAGCGACGCCCGGCGGAGGCCCCGACGAGGCUUCAAGUUCAGCGACAAGAAGGACGAGGAUGCCAGCGAGGCGCCCGUUGAGGCCACGCCCGUGGGCAAGAGGAAGCCUGGCACGCCCGCCAAGGACAACACGUUCGUCUUCCGCGUGCGAAAGGACGACGAGAAGGACGUGGGGAAGCAGCACGCUGUGGACGCGGCCGCUGCAUCGGCGGCGUUGCGCGCCAAGCAGGAGAAGGCAGCGAGGGCUGAAAUGAGGCGGCUCGUGCGCCAGAAGAAGCGCGAGGAGGCGGCGCGCGAGGCGGACAACGAGGAGGCGAUGAAGCACAAGAAGCUGUCGGCCGACCAGGUCUCGCUCUAUCACAUGGUGCAGCGGCAGGUGAAGCGCGAGCUCCGUAAAGUGAGGAAGGAGUUCCUCACGUCGGCCGCUCGGCGGGACAUCAUGCAACUGAGCGAAACGAGCUUGCAGGCCAUGAAGCAGCAGCUGAUCACCUUUAUGGCAGAGCAUCCGCCAGGGAACGUUGCGAUCAAGAUACCGAACCCGGAAAACGCACGGAUGCGCGCAACAAUCGAGACGUACGAGCAGCGGAUUAAGAGGUCGUCCGCACAGGGUGAAGCUGAAAGCGACGGUUCCUCCCCAGGGGAGGCUGGGGUAGAAGGCCAUGAGCAGCAGGAGAAGAUGCCGUGCGAGUUGAAGGUCACACAGAGCGUCGAGGCCCUCCAGCGCUCGGCACUUCAGCAGUUAGGUUCAACCACGGAGCAGCUGACGCUCCUGGACGCGUCCAUGCUGACCGUGAACCGGUUGAUCAUGGAGGCCGAGAUGAAGAAGGCGAAGCUCUUUAGCGCGUACCACGACAGCGCCUUCAAGGCAUACGGUAACGUGGCGCAGCCCAAGGAGAGCUUACGCGCACUGCUCACUCUGCCGCCCAGGAGUGGCGUGCCAUAG